AGUCCAAGUUCACCCAGUUCUCAGGUGUUUUGGCCACUGUUCACCGACCGACGUAUAAGCAUGCGUUUCUCGACCGCCGUCAUUUUUUCCGGGCUCGUUGCUGCGGUCAGUGCUCACUUUCAGCUUCAAUAUCCGGCACCUAGAGGCCCGUUUGUCGAGGAUCAAGAGCCCAAUUUCUGUGACGGUUAUAUAAACGCUGUGGACAACCGCACGAUGUUUCCCCUGUCCAACGGCGUUAUCGAGCUACGCAGUGAACAUCCUUCUUGGACUAUUGGUGUAAUUAUCUCGACGGCACAGAACCCUACUUCUCAAGACAACUUCACGGAUCCCAAGAACUCCAGCGCGUUCCAACAGGUCAUGCAAUACAAUAAGCAGAGUGGGUCCGGAUACUUCUGUCUCCCUGUGGACAUCCAAGCCUCUGGGAUCAGCGGUGUCAAGGACGGUAGUAACGUGACCAUCGAAAUUAUCUUCGACGGCGGCGACGGGCAACUGUACCAGUGCGCGGACUUGACGCUGUCGAGCAACGCUUCAGUGCCGUCGACCGCAACCUCCAAUUGCACGAACGCGACGAAUGUGCCCAUCGGCACGUCGACCAACUCCCCCACCUCCUCUUCGACGGCUCCGGCGAGCAGCAACUCCAGCGGCGCCUCGCCGCAUAUCGUCCCUAUGGGACUGUCAGGACUGUUGGCCUUGUUCGGGUUAGUGUUGGCAGGUUUGUGAGGACGGGGUCACGACGUUAAGGUAUAUAUGAUUACUGUAAUGGCACAAGGACGGACGAGCAUCCAUUUGUAUUUACGCACGCCGAAUGGUAAAUAGAGAGUACUGAGG